AUGAUAUUGGUGCAAUGCUUCGGCCGGAAGAAGACCGCCGUGGCGGUCACUCACUGCAAGCGCGGCCGCGGCCUCAUCAAAAUCAACGGCAAGCCGAUCGAGCUCGUGGAGCCGGAGAUCCUCCGCUACAAGGCGUUCGAGCCGAUCCUCCUCCUCGGCCGCCACCGCUUCGCCGGCGUCGACAUGCGCAUCCGCGUCCGAGGCGGGGGCCACACCUCGCAGAUCUACGCCAUCCGCCAGUCCAUCGCCAAGGCGCUCGUCGCCUUCUACCAGAAGUACGUCGACGAGCAGUCGAAGAAGGAGAUCAAGGACGUCCUCGGCCGCUACGACAGGACGCUCCUCGUCGCCGAUCCCCGGCGCUGCGAGCCGAAGAAGUUCGGCGGUCGCGGCGCUCGCGCCAGGUUCCAGAAAUCGUACCGUUGAA